AUGGGUACAGGCAACGAUACGAACGGUGUCAAUAGCGUGACUUUCCUCAUCUCCUCCGACGUCCACAGUGGAACCACAAUAGGCCUCACGGGUACGGCAACCACGAGCUAUGCUGGAGUCGGUGUACCAACUGGUCCAGUCACGGCAGCAACAACAGCGACGACAGAAUCGACAUCGACAGCAGCAGCCACAAUAACAGACCUGAUCAGCAGUUCUACAUCUACAAGUUCUGCUACGGCUUCCCCGUCCAGCGGAAAGUCCAGCGGGGAUCUCAGCACAGGAGCAAAGGCUGGGAUUGGGGCUGGCGUCGGCGUCGCAGCAUUGAUACUCAUCGCAGCAUUUCUACUCUGGUUUUUGAAACGGCGACGGGGGCAGGGGAAUGGGCAAGUCCUCUCCGAAGAACAGUCAGGAACAGCAAAGGAGAAAACUGUAUUGCUGGAUGGCGCGGAGAUUGAUCCUACAAAAGGAAGCGUAUGGCAGCAGCCUGAAAAUGUCUACGAAAUGAGGGAUAAUCAACGCCCAUUCGAGCUUGAUGCGAGUACAAGGCAUGUAAACACAAAGCAUGCUGCAGAGCUGCAUGGGUGA